UUUUUUUAAAAAAAAACAAAAUUCCUUCAUUACGCUCUUCAUUUGUGCCUUGCCCUCUUUAGCUCAAUUUCUUUUCUACCGAUAACGUUUAACCAAUAACUUUACAAAAUGCAAUCACCAACCAAAAUUAAAAUCCCUAAAAUUAUUUCCUUUGGAAGAUUGAUUGGUCCUGGAGGAUGUAACCUAAAACCCAUUGAAGAGGAAACUGGUACACAUAUUCAUGUAAUCACCGAAGCAAAACCACCACAUAUUGAAAUUAAAAUUAAUGAAAAAAUUACUCUUCUAUCAUGUAAAGAUAGAAUUAAAGAAGCAAGUGAUAAAUUAAAAAAGUUAAUGAAAACAAUCGAUCUUGAGAUGAAAAAUCGUCAAAAAAAUACUGUAAAAAAGAAAGUUAACAAUAACAAUCAUAAAGAAAAUCAUUACGAAAAAUCAAAACGUUGGAAAGAAAAUAAUUUGAAAAGAGAAAGAAUAGCCUCUGAACGGAAAUAACACAAAUAAAUCAACUCUCAUAUAGACUACGACAAAGUAAAAUAUAAAAAAAAUUACGAGUUUAAGUAAAUAUUUAGUUAUGUACUUAGAAAAAAUACCUAUGUAGUCUGUA